AUGUCAUUUGGUGUCAUUUAUGUGGCGUUAUUGGACGCUUUCGGAGAAUCUAGGGCUAAAACAGCUCUAGUUGGAUCAUUGACGUAUAUUGUAUUGGUUCUUGUGAAUCCCUAUACUGGUGCACUCUCAGAUCGUGUUGGUCAUCGCCCUGUAGUUGUAUGUGGUGGCGUCUUUGCGUCAAUAUCGUUGAUAUUAAGUUCGUUUUCUACAAGUCUAAAUCAGAUGUAUAUUACUUUCGGCGUAAUGGCUGGACUUGGUUAUGGCUGCGCCCAUUUACCUUCAAUGCACAUGGUCAGUAAAUAUUUCAACAAGAAAUUACCCAUAGCCACUGGUAUAGCUUUAUCUGGCAGUGGCUUUGGAAUGUUUUUAUUUUCUGUUGUGACACAAUCACUGUUAGACACGUACGGAUGGAGGGGUACGUUGAUAGUACUGAGUGGGAUGGCGCUGAACCUCUGUGUUGCAGGAGUGACGUUUAGACCGUUGAAUGGAUGCAAAACCGCGGAGAAUAUUACAAUGCUAGGAGAACGGCAACAAUGCAGAAAUAGUGAGGACAAGCUAAAUUGCAAUACAGACACAUCAUCGCCGUCAAGUGAGCGGACAACCGAGGUUGUAUCAAAGCGGUGUACGGUAAAACGAGCAAGGGAGUUUGGGAUUGCUCCCAUGCCGGCUGCGUCAUUAAUUGCUGUAAUGGGUAUCAGUCAGACUAUUGGCCGCCUACUCGCUGGAGUUAUUGCCAAUCAGAAAGGAGUAAACCGACUAUUGUUUUAUCAGAGUUCCAUUGCUUUAAGUGGUGUGUGUAUGAUAGCGAGCAUAUAUGCCGAUAACUACCCCGGUAUGAUACGAGAUUCAACUGGUGCGUAUGUGUGGACUUUCUACUAUGGCGGCUUUUGUUGUUUAUUUGCGGCAUCUAUCAUGUGUUUGAUGCCGUUAGCCGGCAGGUGUCAAUCAGUUAACAAAGACAAUGAUGUCAUCCGAAAAACUACUUCAGACGACCAAAGACCAUCUACUGUUAUUGUUGGAAAUGAGACAUCCGUGUAA